GAGGAGGAGGCUGCGGGCGCGGGACUGAUGUGAAGCCCGUCUGCCUGAAGGGGACGGUGUCGAAGAGCUGAAGGACUCCUGAAGUAGGGGUGGGAGUGGAUGAAGUGACACGUUGUAGGUCCCAGGGACGACGUGAGGAAUGUGCUGGGUGGAGGAGGAAAAAGGGCCUGGGGAAAGGGGUGUGUCAAGCGAAUGAAAACGGCCGUGUGUGCCUUGGCGCCUGGGGCGUGGGGAGCCGAGGGGCCAGAGGGCCCGGCGGGCGCCCAUUCCGUCAGCAAACGGCCCUGGCGCUCCCGCUCGGUGUGUGGCCCUGUGGCAGGUACCGACCACCAGACGGGACCCUGGGUUGAAGAAGCCGCAGGGACUUCAAGAAAUGGAAGGGCUGUCCUUGGUAAGGCUAGUAAGCAGGCAAAUGAAGAUAAAACAAUGUCAGCCAACCUAAAAUACCUUUCCCUGGGAAUUUUGGUCUUUCAGACUACCAGUUUGGUUCUAACGAUGCGUUAUUCUAGAACUUUAAAAGAGGAAGGACCUCGUUAUCUGUCUUCCACAGCUGUGGUUGUUGCUGAACUUUUGAAAAUAAUAGCCUGCAUUUUAUUAGUCUACAAAGACAGCAAAUGUAGUCUAAGAGCACUGAAUCGAAUACUACAUGAUGAGAUUCUUAAUAAACCUAUGGAAACACUUAAACUUGCUAUUCCAUCAGGGAUCUAUACUCUUCAGAAUAAUUUACUCUAUGUGGCACUGUCAAAUUUAGAUGCAGCUACUUAUCAGGUCACAUAUCAGUUGAAAAUUCUUACGACAGCGUUAUUUUCUGUGUCGAUGCUUGGUAAAAAAUUAGGUCUGUACCAAUGGCUCUCCCUAGUAAUCUUGAUGACAGGAGUUGCUUUUGUACAGUGGCCUUCAGAUUCUCAAGAGCUCGAGAAGGAACUUUCAGCUGGCUCACAAUUUGUAGGCCUCAUGGCAGUUCUCACAGCGUGUUUUUCAAGUGGCUUUGCUGGGGUUUACUUUGAGAAAAUCUUAAAAGAAACCAAACAAUCAGUAUGGAUAAGAAAUAUUCAACUUGGUUUCUUUGGGAGUAUAUUUGGAUUAAUGGGUGUAUAUAUUUAUGAUGGAGAACUAGUAUCAAAGAAUGGAUUUUUUCAGGGAUAUAACCGCCUGACCUGGAUAGUAGUUGUUCUUCAGGCAUUGGGAGGCCUUGUAAUAGCUGCUGUUAUUAAAUAUGCGGAUAACAUUCUAAAAGGAUUUGCAACCUCUUUGUCCAUAAUAUUAUCAACACUGAUAUCUUAUUUUUGGCUACAAGAUUUUGUACCAACCAGUGUCUUUUUUCUUGGAGCCAUCCUUGUAAUAACAGCUACUUUCCUAUAUGGUUAUGAUCCCAAACCUGCAGGAAAUCCCACUAAAGCAUAGUGGUAAUACUUUCUUUAUCUGGUUUUUCACAAUGGUGCACUGGGAAUCUCAACAUUAAUCCUGCACAGAGGAUUCUAAGAGGAAGUCAUCAUGCUGAAUCUGAUUAUAUUGUUCAAAUGGCUUGAAAAUAUAAAAGUUUAAAGAUAAAAUAUAUGUAAUGAAACAAAAUGUCUGUUGCAUCUAGAAAUCAAAACUUGAAAGUAUUUCCAGGGAUUCGAAUUGGAAGAAACUUGAAAUCUGAGUUUAAAAAGAUUUUACCUUCUUGAUUGCUGCAGAAAAAUAUCCUAUGCACUCUUUGCAAGAGCACACAAGUGUCAGACAUCAAUUUUGCAAAUUAGAAAUAUUUAAUCUUGUUAAAUGUUUUUACCUUACUCUUUCUGUACAGAUAGAUCAAAUAACAUGGAAUAUUCAGAGUUUGAAAAGUAUAAUUAUAAUUACCUAUAAAGCUGUGAAGAAGUAGAAGUAUGAUUUGGAAAACAUUUUCAUGUAUCUGAGAUUUUUAUAUUUAUACAGAAGAUUACUUAACAAAGGAUUGCUAUAUGUUGCAAAGUUCAAAUGCAUAAAAAUUGAUAAAGUAGCAUUCUGGGUCUGAUCUGUCAGAGAAUAAACUUCAUGUUCAAAAGCAAAGAAAUAUACACAUGUUUUUCACCAUCUACAUUUUAAGAUCUUUUAGUGCUUUAAAAUGCUAAAAGCAAUUUAGUUACUCCUGUGCUAGAUAGUAGCCAGUCACUUUCACACUAAUGGAGUUUUGUCUUUAAAGUCUUAAUUGUAUUUCUUUUCUGUAAAUCAGAUAAAUCCUUAAUAUUACUCUAAAUUAAAUUUUAUGUGUGUUAACUUCCAUUAAAGUUUAAAAGUGUAAUUUAAAGGGAUUAAAUACUCAUUUAAUAAUUUAAUAAUUAUUGUCUAAUGUCUCCAUUUGGAGAAUUUUGAACUAUCAAAGCAUAUACUGUAAACAACUAGAGCGUUUUUAGGUGAAUAUUUUACUCACUGA